AGUGUAAUGUCAGAGUUUGCGAAUGCCGCAUAUUCACCGGAAUGGGACGAGUUAUUUCAUCACCUAGAAUUUAUAGAAAGUUGGCUCUGAUAGUGAAAUAAAUCUUAAUUUCCGAAUGAGACUCAUGUUUUGUCAUCUGCUGAAAGUUGGCAACAUAUUAAUUAGCAUGAAUUUAUGCUGAAUUUCAUGAGAUGCGGUGGUUUCGAAGACUCCGUCCGUGCAGGUUUUGUGGAGAACGAUGCUGCGUCGGUUGAUGAUGGCAACGAGCAGCCGAAACUUCACGGCGAACUUGCGUGGAGAAAUCAAGCCGGGGCCGAAACUGAAGGAAAAGGAUGCGAUCGUUUCUCGAGAUGGUGUGUCAUCAGCCCCCAAUGCCAGUUCUGCCGGUGGUGGACGGACAAGAUUGCGCAAUCAUUCCACCAAGCCACCACCUCGACUUCCGCGAAACAAUGGCACCACUAGGGGUCCUGGAUCGAGAAAGGCUCCUGCUUCCAGUAGCGCGAGCAACAUCAAUAAGAACCGAAACAUCCUGAGGACAGGAAGUGCAUCGUCGGAACGAUCUUUGAACAAAUCGUUUCAGAAAUUGGCGAUCGAUGACAAAAAAGCAUCAAGAAGUGUAACGCCAAGCAGACGACAGUCAACGUCUGCUGGUAACAGUUCAUCAUGUAAUAAGAUAGAAGACAUAGCAAGACGAAUCUUAAUGAAGAAGAGUAAAAACAUUGUCGUGAUGGCUGGUGCGGGGAUCAGUACACCUAGUGGUAUCCCAGAUUUCAGAUCUCCAGGGUCAGGUCUGUACGACAACCUACAGCAAUACAGCAUCCCUUAUCCCGAAGCUAUCUUUGACAUUGACUUCUUCCGCAAGAACCCAAAGCCUUUCUUUGCCCUAGCCAAAGAGCUCUAUCCUUCGGGGAAGUACCGUCCUAAUUACGUUCACUACUUUGUACGGAUGCUCUACGAAAAGGGACUGCUGCUCAGGAUGUAUACGCAGAAUAUAGACGGGCUGGAGCGAUUGGCUGGUAUCCCUGGAGAUAAGCUGGUAGAGGCUCAUGGGACAUUUACGACGUGUACCUGCACCAAGUGUGGUUAUGAGCACGAAGGAGAGAGUGUCAAGGGAACUAUAUUCAAUGACAAAAUACCAAGAUGCACAAGGCCAACUUGCACAGGUGUGGUCAAACCCAACAUCGUGUUCUUUGGUGAAGACUUGCCAAAGAGGUUCUUCUACUACAUGAAAGAUAUGCCUCUGUGUGAUCUGCUUAUCAUCAUGGGAACAUCUUUAGAGGUGUACCCCUUCGCUGGUAUAGUGGACUCCGUGCGCCCCUUCAUCCCCCGUCUCCUCAUCAAUCGCGAGGUGGUGGGGCCAUUCUCGCGCCCCACCUCCAGCCGCCACAACGACCUGGCUGUGACGGGCGACCUGGUGGAGUGCGUCCAGAAGUUCGCCCGGGUUCUCGGCUGGAAGAAAGAGCUGGAGGAUGUGAUAACGCAGAAUGAAGCGAAGCUGGAUGAAAUGGUCUCUGAAAUGGAAUCAAAUGCUGAGCCGUCAUCUGCAGAGACGUUAAAGAACAACAGUAACGGGACAGAUCAAAAUGCCAAAACAAACACUAGCCCACAACGCCUUACAGGGUUACAACGUGAACAGGACACCACAAAUAUACGCAAAAUACACACGCAGAGUUUGAGCAGAGCCAAUUCACAGAGGGCCCCCUCUGCGUCCGUGCGUCGAGUAAGCUCUUCGGGCACAGGGCGGUCAAGCUUGCCACGGAUUACAAAUUUUAAUAGAACUGGUGGUUAUAGGACAGGUCGCAAAGUGAUAUCGUCAAGUAGUAGUAGUAGUGAAUCGUCAUCAUCAGAAGAGAGUUCGGAAGACGAUUAUUGAGUGAAUGUCGUCGAUCAUUAGCAUUUAACACGUUGGCAUUUGCUGGAUAGCGACUCGGUGAGAAACUGGCUUUGUGAGUCUGAACGUAGCAUUGUUGGGAUGGAAGAAUGGUAAAGAAUUAUGAUCAGGAAAGAGGUCGCAGAGCUCGUCUGAAAGAAGUUAUGUUAUGAUGAAGGGGUGAACUAUGGGAGGUGUGAACAACUCAGCUAAGAAGUCAUGCGGAGGAGCAGCUAUUUAUAGUUAUCAUUCAGUCUUGAAGAUUGUCAUAUCGUCGAUGGCAGCUGACAU